AUCCAUCUUGAAAACGAUACUGCAAACAGUUCGUGCACCUCUCGCUUUACAUCAUCUUUGAUGUCAGCCAUAGUACCUGACGAUGAAACGAUCUGGUCAGCGAUAUCAACGAUACAUUCCGGUUCUCCAGGUCUCGGUACCGCUAAACUGCACACCGCAAUCAUCGAUGCGCAUCCGGAAUGGAAGGGCGUGGUGGGUGAGAAACGGGUACGGCGUGUGAUAGCCAACUCAAGAAAGGACGAGGAAACAGAGGGUCCUAUCAAAGACGACAGCGCCUCGACUACGAAACCAAAAACGAAGAAGAAGAAAAAGGCAAAGGCAAAGGCCUCACCAGGAGAAACCUACCCAUCCUCGUCUCUCCUUCCCGACUCUGCACUGACGUUGCCGUCGACCGUCGCAGUGCGAUACUUUGACAAGCAAAAGGGCAAGGGUCUUGUCGCUCUUAGUCACAUCGAACAAGGCGAAACGCUAUGGAAGGAAGAUCCGUGGAUAAUCGCACCAGAGUGGGACAUCUUUGACCUCCAGCAGCGUGCAGUCGCUUGUGCUCAUUGUACAACACCGUUUCCCCAGUCCUCCGCCCUUGUGGUCUCUUGCCAGCACUGCUCUGCACGCUAUUGCACUCGCCUUUGCCUCUCGCGCUCUGCAUCUACCCAUCCUCUUCUCUGCCCAGGCCAGAACACCGCCAGUGUCCCGUUGCUCAAGCAGGUUAGAUCACUGGCAUGGAUGGCCCUGCAUGCACUCUCGCGCGUCACCGCUCGGGUUUUGUUGGGUGGCGAACAGGAAUGGGACGUCCGGUUUCAAAAGAUUCAUGUGACGCCUGAGCGGGAGACAUGGAAACGAGUCUGGACGCUGUAUGUGGACGCAUUCCAAUCUUCUCAAGCCUUGAAAAUCAUCGCAAAAGCGAAGAAGCCCCUGGGAGAACAAACGAAGACGGAGCUGUUUAGCUAUGAAGGUUUUUUGAGAGGACUGGGCAGAAUGAGUUUGAACCUUGAAUCGCAUGGAGGGCUGUACCUGCUCCACUCCCACUUGAACCACUCUUGUGACCCCAACCUGUCUGUCAGGCAUUUACAACAAUCGUCUGCACUUGCACGCAUAACUAUCAUAGCCAAACGCGCCAUUUUACCAGACGAGGAACUGACAAUCACAUACGUUGACCCAUCUUUGGGCGUAUCACAAAGACGCCGAGCACUGAGAGAGUGGGGUUUUGGUGACUGUACAUGUUCACGAUGCACCGAAGAAGCUGCGGCCGUAGCUGAAGAUGAUUCGCAAGAGAAAAAGGGAGACGAGAACAGUCUGGAUAUGAAGGAUUUGGAACACGAGCUGAAGGAAGGUUUGGGGCUAUGGGGAUGAGCACUCUCUCUUAGUAUCUCUCCAAGGAAGCAAAAAUACAGUUCGCUGUAAUGUAUCUACUCGAGACAAAGGAGACAUGGUAAAAUAUGAGUAAAU